AGAUCUCAAUCUUCAUAACUAGAACAGUCUCCAUCUAUUGGCACUUGCUUGCAAGAGUGACGAAAAUCACAUUUCUUCCCUUGUAACGCCAUCACUCCAACCAAUGCCCAAUCCCUCUCAAUCGCAUUCCCAAUAACAAAAACAAAAACAAAAACAAUUUCUAUUUGUUUUUCAUUUCUCGGGCCUUUGACGCCAAGAUUGGGUUGCAGUUGCAGUGUCUGUCAUAAUCUGGUGCCCUCGGCCUCACCCAGACGCAGAUGCAGACUCUGGGUGGUUUGUUGGUCACUUCCGUUCUCGCUUUCUACCACAGGUUCUUCCGUCUCUCCCUUCGUUUCUUCAUUCUCAUAUUCAUGGAUUUCCCUUCCACAUUCAGAUUCAUCGCAAAGUUCAGUGAACUCGGUUGCGGCCUUCUCCUCUUAGGCUAUGUCUCGCCCCUCUUCAACUUCCUCGGCCUCCUCCUCAUCUUUCUCUUCUGCCUCCGCCUCCUGCGCCUCUCUCCCAACACCAAACACAACGAUAAUGAUAAUAACUCCAAUUCCAGACCCUAUAAUUCCGAGGACCAUGUCUUCGACGUAAUGUCGCUGCGCCGCAUGGUGAAGGCCGAGCGCCAGCGCUACCAGGCCGCCUGCGCCGAGAUCGAGCAGGAGCGCGGCGCGGCGGCGUCCGCGGCGGAGGAGGCCAUGGCGAUGAUCCUCCGCCUCCAGAGCGAGAAGAGCGCGGUGGAGAUUCAGGCUAAGCAGUUCCGCCGCGUGGUGGAGCAGCGCCAGGAGUACGACCACGAGGUCAUGGAGUCGCUCCGGUGGACGGCGGAGCAGGAGGAAUCGCAGAAGAAUCUCCUCGAACGCCAGUUGGAGGCUCUCAGGGAGAGGCUCGGGCAGUUCCUCAACGAGCACGAGAUUGAGCACCUCCGAGACGAAGAAGAUGAAGAAGGUGAAGAGCGCGAGAUCCAGCACCUUAGAGAAGAAGUACGAGAUGAGGGAGAAGAAGGUGAAAAGCACGAGAUCCAGCACCUUAGAGAAGAAGAAGUACGAGAUGAGAAAGAAGAAGAAGAAGAAGGUGAAAAGCCAGAGAUCCAGCACCUUAGAGAAAAUGAAGUACGAGAUGAGGAAGAAGAAGAAGGUGAACAGCACGAGAUCCAGCACCUUAGAGAAGAAGAAGUACGAGAUGAGGAAGAAGAAGAAGAAUGUGAAGAGCACGAGAUCCAGCACCUUAGAGAAGAAGAAGUACGAGAUGAGGAAGAAGAAGGAACGGCGACCGGCACGGCCACUGGUUCCGCCAGUGUCGUUGGCGAUUAUGACGAUGAUAGCAGCGGCUUCUUGAAUUUCUCUGUUGAAUUAGAUGUAGAGGUUUCUCCGCAAAUCCAAUCUCCAACAUACACUCACACAGAACAGGAUCACUUGUGACUUUCUUGCUCAUCCACAUCCACAUGCACGUGAUGAUGCACAUGGACAUGUGAUAGCAAAACGACAAAUAGUUGCUUCUACUUUUUAUGGUUUCAUCAUGAUUUUGGACGGUGGGACUGAUUCUUGAGUUAUCUAAACACACUGUAAGUUGAUUAUUUUAAGUUAUUCUGAACACAGGUUAAAUACACACUGUAAGUUGAUUAUUUUAAGUUAUUCUGAACACAGGUUAAAUUCAUCCAUAUCUGAUUGUUGAUUUCUUAUCUGAUUUGUUUGAAACAUUUUGUCAAAAACUCACUUGAUAAAAAAUGCAGUAAGUAGAUAGUUUCAUUGAAUGAGUCUGGGUUCAUGAAUGAGCAAGUAGGGAACCUGGAGGUUGAAUCCUAUGGGACAGUGCUAGUGUUUUCAGAGGCACUCAUUCGGGAAUGAGUGGUCUCUCUUCAUUAGGUGGUCUUGAUUCUAAUCUUUGCCUUAAAUCUCCCACUUUGUCACACCUUACAUCUCUAGGAAAUUUAGAAGUUCAUUUCUGAAUUCUGAAAUUUAGUGAUGACACAUGGAAUAUGUAUAAACUAUGAAGGAAGUUCAUUUCAGUUUCAAAUUAAGUUACCAUUUGGACA